UCUAUACUAAACUAAUCUUCUUCAGUAAAACCAAGACCGAGAAGAAAAAGAAAAGAACAAUUGAAGAAUCCCCACAAAACAGAAGCCUAACACCAAUCUUUUAGAAGACUCUGGAGUAAAGAAUACAGACUACUUUGAAGAAAUGGCUGAAGUAGAUACAAUGGAUCCAGCACAAGAAUAUGUGGAGACUAUGCUGAACCGUCACAAGAAGAUGGAUGAUAUCACAGAAAGGGGAGACUCAGAAGUGCAGAAGUUCUAUGAAGAUGCUGUUGUGUUCGUGACUGGUGGCACUGGAUUCCUUGGGAAGCAGCUGGUUGAGAAGCUUAUCAGAUCGACGAAACUUUCCAAAGUUUAUGUGGUUUUAAGACCCAAGAAAGGCAAAGGUGUUGAAGAGAGACUCCGUGCAUUGAUUAAAGAGCCUGUAUUUGACAAACUCAGGAAACUACAACCAGAGUUUGCAUCGAAGAUAGUCCCUGUAGCAGGCGAUGUCAGUGAACCCAAUCUUGGUAUUAGUGAACAAGAAUGGAACAUCAUGGCAACUGAGGUCACUAUAAUAUUCCAUUUAGCCGCUACAACCAGAUUCGAUGCUUCGAUCCGAGAGUCCACUUUGAUCAACAUCCGCGGUGCCAAAGAAGCUCUUCGGUUUGGCAAGCAAUGCAGAAAUCUGAAAUCUUACGUCCAUGUCUCCACAGCCUUCGCCAAUGCUUGCCACAGCCGGAUCAAUGCUCAAGUGGAAGAAGACUUCUACCCACCCCCCAUGGCACCAGACAUGAUGAUAGACCUCGUGGAAUCAGUUGAAGAGGAAAGAUUAAAUAAUAUGACACCCAGCUUGAUCAAAGACUGGCCAAACACGUACUGCUUCACGAAAGCUAUUGCUGAGGAAGCAGUGAGGGCUGAGAGUGGAAAACUCCCUAUUUGUGUGGUCAAACCAUCGAUAGUUAUAGGCGCCAUGAAAGAACCGCACCCUGGCUGGAUAGAUGUGUCUGCUGUGUAUGGAGUCACUGGCGCGGGUCUAGGAAAAGCUUUAGGUUUGAUGCACACAUCGAUGGCAAACAGCAAAGUAUUCCUGGGUCUGAUACCAGUCGACUAUGUGACCAACGCAACUAUUGUCGCAGCUUGGGAAACUGCCAAGCAAAAAUCAACCAAAGACGAAAACCCUAAGGUCUACACUGUUAUAUCGUCUACGAGGAGCCCUAAAAUGUGGAGUGACCUCUACAAGCUAAUGACGGAUAUAACACUAUGGAAGUACCCAUCCCCAACGACCAUGGCUUUUAGCUUGUACCUCCAGACGAGGAGUCCAUUCCUGUACUGGGUAUACUCCUGGCUGUUCCAUAUGAUACCAGCUUACAUUGCUGAUGGGGUUUGUUCACUUCUUGGGAGGCAGAGACGAUUCGUGAAAUUAUACACAAAAAUGUCAAAACUGAUGUCGGCAUUAUCAUACUUUUCUCUCAACAAUUGGCAUUUUGCGGACAACAAUACUGAAGCUUUGUACGACAAUCUUUCAGCCGCUGACAAAGAAAUUUUCAGCUUCGAUAUUGAUAGGCUUAACUGGACUGAAUUCAUUUCUUCAUGGGUGAUUGGAGUUAGGCAGUUUAUCCUGAAAGAUGGGCUAGUUAAUACUAGGUAUGCUAUCAAGAAACUGAAGGUUUUGAGAGCUUUGACGUAUAUUGGAACUGCUAUUUAUUUGUUUGUGUUGUAUAAAAUUGUUUAUUUCUCGUAUUCUAUGUUAAGUUUUGCUGUUGGUACGGUGUUUUGAUUUUAGGUUAGUGUUUGUAUUU